GAUUAGGUGAGAUUAAUGCACGAUUUUCCAAUUCAAAUGAGACCUCUGACUGGAAAAAUAUUGCCAUAGUUUGGAAGUAAAAUCGGGUAUGGUUGCAUUGUUUUCAUAUGAAGUUCAUGUUUGCGUUUUACUUAUGUAGUUGAUGCGGCAAUUGAUUUACGCGGCAUCCACCGGAAAGAGGCCGAAUAUAUUAUUUACCGCUAAUUAGUUCCGCCAGUGAGCUCCAGAUGGUGCGUUAAUAGUGCGGACCUGUUGAACGGCAAAACUCGUGCGUGGUCGUGCGAGUUCGGUCCGGAAAAUGUUUGUUUUCGAUAACCACCGAUGCGUCAUCCGCCAGAUAAAUUAAACGCAGUUUUUGUUUGCUCAGUCGAAUUCUGAGCGUUAUGGGUGAGUGAGUGUCUCGCCGCAGACCGAUCGAAAGGAACUCGCCGAGAAAGGAGAAUGUGCGUCAGCUGACGCGGCCAGUUUCUUUGUUGUCGCGUUAAUUAUCUCCGAUAGCCGCGUAAUUGGUGACCGGGCGACGUGUUACUCAUGCUUAUGAUAUCGUCACGAUGGAGGAGCGGCCAGUCCCUGCGCCGAGAGAAGGCAAAAGGCCGGUGCCGACGCCCCGCAGAUCAGUCUGCAAACCCGACGAUCGGGUAACCGCGCUGGAGCCGAGCGAGGGCAAAAACCCGGCCGGUCGGGGGGCCGACGAACCCUUUAACACCUUCUCGAGACGCGUACGGAGCGCCUCGCAACAGAUCGCGGGCAAAUUGAGGGCGGCCGGCACGGCGGACAUCAAUCAGCUGGUGCAGGACCGCAAGAAAGCGGUUAUCGAGGGCACCAGGCAGAGCGUACGACGCAUACGUCGUCGCUUCAGCUCCGCGUCGCAAGAACCGCCGCCGGAGACGCGGGGCGCAGCCUCCUACAGCACUGAUAUUGAAACCGCACUCGAUAUAUUCAACAGCAUAAGGUUCGAUUCACCCAUUAACCGAACGGACAGCGUGUACGGCAACGUGGACGGAUCGGACAGCGAUUCGUCCUCGGGCUUGCCGCCACCAUCGCACCCACCGCCCCCGCCGCCCGACGAAUCGUUGUACGAUGCCCCCGCAUCAUUGAGCUCGAGCGGCAACAACUCCCGGGGUGCCGACUACGGGUACGUGUUUCCUUUGGGAUCUAGCAAAAGCGAUUCGGACACGUCGGAGGCGGGGCGGACCAUCGCCAGAGGCCUGGAGCUGUCCAGGUCCGACUCGUGGGCCUACUAUGAUCCCGAGCCCGUUUACGACAACGUCGGUAGUUCGAACGUACCGACCGGCAAGGGGGCGCGACCCGUCAAGCCCGCACGCAAGCAUAAGGUCGAUCUCAACUCCAACUUGUCUGGCUCCUCGGGUUCGUCGGAGAGCAAAACCAAUUCCAUUUACGAGAAUCACGAUGUGGUGUUCAAGCCGCCCGCGGCGAGGGUGUCGCAGAGCGUGCUUAUGCAAUUCGAUCCGCUCGCCGAGGUCGAGGAUUCCGAGAACGACCCCCUGCCCGACAUCAAACUCCUCGAGGAGCUGCUACGGGGCGACCUCUACGGCACCGUCGCCCCGGACCGGUGGAGCACUAGCGACGAGUCGCUGCCGGGCGGCGAUCCGGUCGCUAACCCGCCGACGCCGCCCCUGCGCGUCGACUCUCUGCCCGAGGACGACGAGACGGCGUCGUCCAAGUCGCGCUCCAACUGGUUCACGGAGGGCGGCGCCGACGCGCCAGAACCCAAGAAGACCUGGUUCCGGCAGGUAGUGGAGAAGGCGCCGUUCAAGGGCCCGAAACGUAGCGAUCGCGCGCUCGAGCGGCCCGCCCUCGGCGACGGCGCCCACGUCCACAAACGCGGCAUGCUCUACAAGGUGCAGAGCGGUCCCGUCGAGGACCUGUUCGGCGAGUACAGCGGCCGCUGGUGCGUUCUCGAAAACUCGCGUCUCGUCUGCUACUCGGACAACACGUGCGCCCACGUCAAGGAGCACUUCGCCGCCCGUAACGUGCUCAGCGUGCAGGCGCUGCGCGACCCCAAGUACCGUUACCGCUACGACAACGACGACCUGCACUGUUUCGAACUCAACACGGCGGCGAGGACGCGCGGAGGGCACGUCUACGGUUCCCGGAACGCUCCGGAACGCCGCGUCUGGAUGCAAGCGUUGGCGGAGUCGAUGACGAGCCGCUUCAAGUCGCGUUUGACCGCGAACUACGCGCGCUUCGGCUGGGCGUACGUGCGCGAAGGCGUGAGCGGCCAGUGGACGGGGGCGUGGCUGCUGCUUGCCGAGCGCGAGCUCCACUACGCCGCCGACGGGCGUCCCGUCCGAGCGCUCGACCUGCGGAAGGCUCGGUGCAUCGUGUUGCAACCGCAUCGGGAAACGGACGACAACCCCAAGACCGGCGACAAGGGUCCUAACAUGCUCGUCGAUUGUCCCGACGUGGUGCUCCAUCUGCGCAUGUGGACGUCGCGCGAGACCAAAGUCUGGUGCCAUGUAGUCAAGGCCGAGGCCCACGACAACGGCGCCCAUCUCGAGCAGCAGCAGCUCACGCGCCACGACAUCCCCGUCGUCGUAGACAAGUGCGUCAACUUCGUUUACGCGCACGGCAGCAUGUCGGAGGGCAUUUACCGCAAGUCGGGGCAGGCCUCCCUCGUCGCUGACCUGCUGGCGAAGUUCCGACGCGACGCGUUCGCGGUCCAGCUCACGCGCAACACGUGCAACGAAUUCGAGGUGGCCACCGCGCUGAAACGCUUCUUCCGGGACCUGCCGGAGCCGUUGUUCGGUUGCGACCACCGUCACUACCUCCACGAAGUGGCCAAGCACAACGACACGGACGAGAAGGUGCGCAUGUUCAGGGCGGCGCUCGAGCAGCUGCCCCCCGUGGCGUACGGCACUGCGCGCAAGCUGCUCGGCCAUCUGCGCUUCGUCGCCGACCAAAGCGCGAAGAACCGCAUGACGGUCGACAAUUUGGCCGCCAUCUGGGGUCCGACCCUGCUUCACUACGAGGACAAGGAGGCGGCGACCGGCGGCGGCGGCGGCGGCCACCUGCGGGACAGCGAGGUAGUCGCGCAGCUGCUGCGCCACUAUCGCCGCGUCUUUCCCGAGGACCCUGAAGAGCUGGAGCGGGAGAAGCUGAUGCUCCGGGUGCUGGAGAAGCACGCGCGCGGCGCCACCGUCGCCGAUCGCAAAACUGCCGGCGACUUCCGCGUGUGGAUCUUCGCGUUCAGCAAGGAGGGCCGCUCGUUCAACGUGGCCGUCGGUCCGAACCGCACCGCCUACGAGGUGUGCCUCGAGCUCGUCGACCACCUCAAGACGUCGGUGCACGAGCUCGUGCUCGAGGAGGUGGUGCUGGGCGAGCGGCUCGUCCGCCCCAUUCACCACGCCGAGAAAGUGCUCGACGUCGUUCUACGUUGGGGCUUCUGGGACGAGGCCGACCGCAAGGACAAUUACUUGGUGGCGUCGCCGCUGUCCAAGUACUGGGAGUACAUAGUCGACAAGCCGACGCCGGUGUCGGGCGAGUUGCGGUUCGCCGACGCCGCCACGAAGACGUUCCGCGCGUUGACGUUCCAGCUGUCGCAAGGGAGCCUGACUUGCUUUAAGGACAAGACAGGCGAGACGGUGCUCGCGACGUGGCGCGUCGAGGACAUCCUGUGGUACCUCGGCCACGAGGCGAAACGCAGCCCGGCCUCGCGCUGGACCGCCACUUUCUUCGAGGUGGCGGCACCGUUGCCGCGCACACGGACGUACUUCGGGAACGUGCUCGCGUGGGGCGACGCGGCCUCGCGGGCCGUCUGGCUCGGCGCCAUGCUGAAGGCGCGGCACCCGCGCGGGUUCGCGCCGCCCCCCAAGUUGGUCGCGCUUUAG